ACAUCUGUGUUUCCACGCACGGCACAUUUUCAGUUCUUUCAUGUUCCUGUCUUCUAAUCAAACGCACUCCUCCAAAGCGUUCUCAUUGGGUAAGUACCGGCGUACGUGGCGUUUAAUGGACUAUAAAGUCUCAAUUUAAAGCUUAGCGGAAGUCGUUUGGCUUUAUGUUGAAGUUUACCAGGCUCGCUUAAUUUCAUUUAGUGGUGUUUAGUUUAGCUUGCUAGCCAAGACACGUUAACCCAUUUCGAUUAGAUAUAAAUGAAUUAUUAACAGGCUCAAGGUUCAAAUUACAAAUGCACAAUACAACGCAAUGCAAAGAAAGUUACUUGGACGAAUUACAGAGGAUUAAAAGACACUUGUGACGGAUGAUGUAGAUGUCACAGUAGAAGAUCUUGACACUGAGAAGCAUGACCCACCCACCUCACGUUAAAAAGGAGGAGUUGGAGAUGUCGUACAUCAAACAGGAGACGGAGCCAGAGCUCCCCUACAUUAAAGAAGAACCGGAAAAUGAAAUCACUACGUUUCCAAUGAUUGUCAGUGUGAAGACUGAAGAAGAAGAAGGUGCAAGUGAAGAGAGCGGAGCAGCAAAAUCUUCAAGCGACAGCUCGUUUCCACACCUGACAACAAAAGGUGAGGGACGACCACAACCGGACGACCUGUUAGCGGCGCUCUCGGACAGCGAUGACAUAACAUCACACUCUUCUGACACUGACACUAAUGAGGAGGAUGUUGACUUUGACCAAAAUGCUUCGAAAUCUUUAAACAUGUCAUCAUUGAAAAGAGUCCCAAAAGAAUUUGUGGGUGGGAAACCUUUUGCCUGCUCAAUUUGUGAGAAAAGAUUCACGAAGAAGGCAAAUUUAGACAUGCACACAAGAACACACAAUGGAGAGAAGUCUUUCACCUGCUCAAUUUGCUAUAGAAAAUUUCGUUGGGAGCAUCAGUUAACAUCACACACAAGAACACACACCAGAGAGAGGCCUUUUGCCUGCUCAGAAUGUGAUUUAACAUUCAAAAGAAAGUCUGAAUUAAACAGACACACAAGAAAACACACCGGGGAGAAACCUUUCGCUUGCACGAGUUGCGGUAAAAGUUUUACUUGGCUUCAACAGUUAAAAAGACACACUGUAAUACACACUGGUGAAAAACCUUUUUCCUGCUUACUUUGCUUGAAAAGAUUUCCUACAAAGGAACAGUUCACGAGACACACGUAUACGCACACUGCAAAAAAGCCAUCUGCCUCCGCAACUUGUGGCGAAACAUUCACCAGUAAGAAAGAAUUAAAAAAUCACUCAACAAAACACACUCGGGAGAAAUGUUUCGCCUGUACAUUUUGUGAUAAAAGGUUCACAGAGAAGAAAAGUUUAAAGUAUCACACAAGAAAACACACCGGAGAGAAGCCUUUUGCCUGCUCACUUUGCGAUAAAAGAUUUUCUUGGAGGCGUCAGUUAACAAUACACACGCGUACGCACUGUAAGGAGAAACCUUUUGCCUGCACAUUUUGUGAGAAAAGAUUCACGAAGAAGGAAAAUUUAGACAUGCACACAAGAACACACAAUGGAGAGAAGUCUUUCACCUGCUCACUUUGCUAUAGAAAAUUUGGUUUGGAGCAUCAGUUAACAUCACACACAAGAACACACACCAGAGAGAGGCCUUUUGCCUGCUCAGAAUGUGAUUUAACAUUCAAAAGAAAGUCAGAAUUAAACAGCCACACAAGAAAACACACCGGGGAGAAACCUUUCGCUUGUACGAGUUGCGGUAAAAGUUUUACUUGGCUUCAACAGUUAAAAAGACACACUGUAAUACACACUGGUGAAAAACCUUUUGCCUGCUUACUUUGCUUGAAAAGACUUCCUACAAAGGAACAGUUCAUGAGACACACGUGUACUCACACUGCAGAAAAGCCUUCUGCCUCCGCAACUUGUGGCGAAACAUUCACCAAUAAGGAAGAAUUUUAAAAUCACUCAACCAACCACACUCGGGAGAAAUGUUUCGCUUGCACAUUUUGUGAUAAAAGGUUCACAGAGAAGAAAAAUUUAAAGUAUCACACCAGAACCCACACAGGAGAGAGGCCUUUUGCCUGCACCCUUUGUGCUAAAAGAUUUUUUACGAAGCAACUGUUAAAAAAACACACGUAUACUCACACUGGGGAAAAACCUUUUCACUGCUCAGUUUGUAGUAAAAGGUUCAUCACAAAGUUUGAAUUAAACACUCACUCAAGAAAACACAGCGGGGAGAAACCCUUCGCUUGCGAAGUUUGCAGUAAAACUAUUACCUUUAAGGGAACACUAAGAAAACACGCCAAGACCCACUCUGUGGCGAAAACCUUUUCCUGAGCGGUUUGCGGUUAAAGAUUCACGAGCAAGCAGUGUUGUCUUCGGCAGCCCUUUUAGUUUUCAUCUUUCGGGAGAAAAUGCUUUUUCGUCUUCGUCUAGUUUUGGUCGACGUUUACUCGAAAUGUUUUUGAAACAGAAUUUUCUGUCCAAAAAUAAAUAAAGGUUUUCAACAAUUUUGAAUGAACAUUGACAGACGAGCACAUAUUGUAGCGCCUACUAGGAAACGGUAUACAGGAUGUCCAUAAAGUCUCUUUACCAUUUCAAAAAUUCAUUAAAAAUGCAGUUGAUUAGAUAUUUUAUUCAGAUAUGUUAUAUUGUUUUCCGAGUUUAUUGACGUUUUUUUUUUUUUUUUUUAACCUCUUUUGAUACUUCUACAUGGGCACCAUUAGUUGCACGAAGCACGUCAAGACGGUACUCGAUUAUCUUGCCAUGUUCCCUGUAGCAUAGCCUCAUCAAUUGUGGCAAUGGCAUCAGUAAUCCUUCGUUUAAGGUCAGUAAUGUCCCUUAUCUUUGUUCGAUACACGAUAUCUUUAACAUAGUCCCAUAGAAAGAAGUCUAGGGGAGUGAUAUCUGGUGAACAUGGCGGCCAAGGAAUUGGCCCAUCCCCUUCCAAUCCAUCCGUCUGGAAAGGUUUGCUUGAGGAACCCACGAACAUGCAGCCUCCAAUGAGGUGGUGCACCAUCUUGCUGAAAAAUGAUGGUUGGUUGACGGUCAUUCAGUUGUGGUGCCACAUAUUCAGUUAAAAGAUCAAGGUAAACAUUUGCAGAAAUUGAUGUCUCGAAGAAAAAUGAACCAAUUAUUUGAUUGCACAUUCACUUUUGGGCUAUUACGCUUAAUUUCUCUAGUCAAGUGGGGGUGUUCUGAAUCCCAGAUUCUUACAUCUUGUUUGUUUAGUUUCCCUGAAACAUGAAAGGUUGCUUCAUCACUAAAACAAACUCGUCAAAUGCAGUGUAAUAAAAAACUUGCUGAAUACAAUAGAACAAAUCUGAAUAAAAUAUCUAAUCAAUUGCAUUUUUAAUAUUUUUUUAAAUGUUAAAGAGACUUUAUGGACAGACACCCUGUAUUAUUUUCUAUUAAUUAAACCCAACUGGGUGCCACAAACUGUAAACCAGCUACGUUUUGUGUGUUGUGAUCACUUGCCUUUAAGGUAAAAAUAUUCUCAUGUGUUUCAAAACAAGCAAGCCAGGAGCAAAGCCUGGCUUAAAGGACAUCAUAAACAGCAGUGAGUACAUGUCAAAUGAGUGACAUGACCCAAACACUGCAAUGUUUCAGCCUGAUAUACUACUCGUUCAAUAAGAAAAUGUCACGCAUUGUGAACAUACGAAAAAAACUGGUGUAUUUUCAUCUCUUUCUUGUCUCGUGAGACAAAAACUGGCAUUCGUCUCAUCAUCGUUAAACAAUUGUUGGUCUACGAAAUCUUUUCAUGAUCGUUGACGAAAACAACAAUGCUUAGUUAAAAUAUUUCUCUUUGCAUGUGCCUAUUCAUGAAUGCUCCAAUAUGUUUUAAUUGAACUAGUUCCUUUUUAUUUGUCUUCAUUUGUUUUAUGAUUUGGGUUUUCCUUUUCACUUCUUUCUGUAUUUUACCGUAUACUGUAGAACACUCUGAAUUACCUUGUACAUUACACUGGCUAUUUGAAUAAACUUGCUUUCUUAUUAAUCUUGUGCAUUGUGAUAUUUUAAAACUGGCUUCAUAAUCGAAUUACAAGACAUUUUUAUUAUCAGUGCAUGUAAUGCAAAAUCUACCAUCUAUAAUAUUGUUUUUUUCCCAAUGGCGUUUUUUCAGCGUGCCGCCCACCCAAAACCAUGUUUAUGUACCAAAACGACCGGAAUACUCAUGCAACGUAGGCUUUUUUGUUUGACAUGCCAAGCUUUACCGUUCACCCCACAAUAUUUUAAAUUAAAAAGUGAAAUUUCAAAACACUACUUGGCCUAAAGCAGGGGUGCCCAAGUCCGGUCCUUGAGAGCCCCUAUCCAUCUUGUUUUCCAUGUCUCCCUCCUUUAACACACCUGAAUCAAAUGAUCAGCUCAUCAGCAAGCUCUGCAGCAGCCUGGUAAUGAUCCUAAAGUUUUGUCCAAAACACAUCAUUUACACAUCAAAAAAAUUCAGGAAGCUAACUGAACUGGCACAAAAGUUUACAUUUUUUCCCCCUGAAAAUAUAUGGUUCAACAAAAUUUUCCCUAAAAAAAUCCCAUUCAAUUCCUCAAAAAAACUUUCACUACUAUUGAUUUUCAAGCCAAUUGAAUCAAUAUCAGCAGGAAGAUACCUCUGAAUCCCCCAAAAUCAACAGGAAGUGAUCCUAUAACAACAGUAAGUGACCAAGAAAUGACCCCAGAUCAAGAGGAAGUGACCAAUUAACAGGAAGUGACCUGAUAUCAACAAGAGGUGACCCUGAAUUGCCCCGAAAUAAACAGGAAGUGACCCCGAAAUGCUUUAAAAGAAACAGGAAGUGACCCAAUAUACCCACCAAUUUCUCCACAUACAGGGUGAAUGAAAAGUAACUCCCUAUUUCAAAAAUACAUAGAACUUUUUCAAAUGUUGUAAUUUUGUUCUCAAUUUUGUGUGUAUGACCCUUGAUCUAUGGGAAUUAAAUCUGUGUUCUCAUUUUCUUUUCGGAUCUAUUAAUUUGAGAUUUCACAGCCCUACAAACACAAUUUUUAAACAUUUCUUGAACAACUUGCACUACCCUCAGGUCCCUGCAACUUAAAAGAGCGACCGCUUCUUAAUGAGAAGUUCUGAUUGUCUUAGCCUCAACUUAAGCAUGUCUUCUUUUUUUUUUUUUUUUUUUUUAAACCUGUCCUGUUCAGCUGUUUGACACAGAGAAUGGAAGUCUAAGUGCCCGGAUUCUGAACAGUUUUAAUGUUUCACAUGGAGAGUCUGACAUACUCCCAUUGUGAUCAUUCAAAAUACCUUUUUAUUAUGACAAAGCAGCGAACAGGAAGAGAUUAUGGGGGGACAGAAGAAAAGAAAUACAAGAGAAGAAAGAAAAGAAACAUACACAAACAACAACAAGAAAUACAUUGAACAUCUAAACUAGUUACUAAUAUGCUGGUGCUAUCGUCAGCGAGAUGUAUUUCCGGUUUACACCAUGUGGGGGCCAAUUGGCCAGUGAAAGAGGAGAAUGGGGGUGGGGGUGUCUAUAAGACUAUAAGCUAAGUGAUUGAAAGGGGUAGAGUGUACACAAAUCAGUUCUGUGAUCUAGAACCCAGUAAUCGUGUGAAUCUCUUAUGAGUGUAAGCCCGUUGGCGACCAGCCCUACGCCGCCGCAUCGCCAAUCCCGGCACCGG